AGAGGAAAAUGCAUUGAGUCUUCACUAGCCAUCCCCAGGAAGCUGGGACUCCAUAGUUCUCAGAAUACACAUCCAACUCCUCGUGGUUCAUGAGUCUCUGUGUCUUGAGCUACAGACACUUGCAUUCCUGCAGGUGAACAGAGGCUCAGGGCCUGGUGCUGCUGCUCCGGGCUUCAGGCUUGGAGGUGAGCCCUCACACGCUCAGCUGGGGGCUGGGACCACAUCGUGAAUCUUGUAGUAUUUACAGGACUGCAGCAGCUGGUGUCCCCAGGACCAUCCAUUUCCCUGUGCUGACGGCUGCUGUGUCUCUACCUCCAGCCCUGACUCUAGAGCCCCUCCUUGAUGCCUGCCAUUCUGCACCUCAGUGGAGAGCUCUCAGUGCUUUAAACUACAGCCUCCCAAAUAUGCAUCCACCUGAUCCCUACGCUGACUCCUUUCUUGGCCUUUCUAUCUGAGCCCUGUCCCAGCAUGCCCCACACCCUAUAGACUGCCCUGGUGGUGUCUCAAGCUGCUCUUCCAGAGGACCUGGGUUCAAUUCCAAGCAUCUAUAUAACAACUUACUUACAGAUUGGAGUCUGUAACUCCAAUCCAGGGGAUUUGAUGCCAUCUUCUGGCUCCAUAGGCACUAGGACACACAUGAUACACAGUCAUACAUUCAGACAAAAUGCCCAUACACAUAAAAAAUAAAAAUAAAAACUAAAUAAUUAAAUAACAAAAAACAGGCACGGGUCAUUUACCAAGGUCAAAGCCUUCAGGGCAUCACAGAAAGAAAAAAAAAAAAACGCCAGUAAGAUGGACAGCCCCAACAAUGUCUCACUCAUUCACGGUGACACCACACUGGACCUGUCAGAGUACAAGGUGGUCUCAGUCUUCCUGGUGCUCCUGGUGUGCACCACGGGCAUCGUGGGCAAUGCCAUGGUGGUCCUGGUAGUGCUGACCUCCCGUGACAUGCACACAUCCACCAACUGCUACCUGGUCAGUCUGGCUCUAGCUGACCUCAUUGUGCUGCUGGCUGCGGGGCUACCCAAUAUCUCUGACAGCCUGGUUGGGCACUGGAUCUAUGGACAUGCUGGCUGCUUGGGCAUCACCUACUUCCAGUACCUAGGCAUCAAUGUCUCCUCCUGCUCCAUCCUGGCCUUCACUGUGGAGAGGUAUAUCGCCAUUUGCCACCCAAUGAGAGCACAGACUGUGUGCACUGUGGCCCGGGCCAAACGGAUCAUCGCAGGCAUUUGGGGGGUCACGUCCCUCUACUGCCUACUCUGGUUCUUCCUGGUGGACCUCAAUGUCCGUGACAACCAGCGCCUAGAAUGUGGCUACAAGGUGUCCCGAGGCCUCUACCUGCCCAUCUACCUGCUGGACUUCACUGUCUUCUUCAUCGCACCCUUGCUGGGGACCCUCGUGCUCUAUGGGUUCAUCGGGAGGAUCUUAUUUCAGAGCCCCUUGUCCCAGGAGGCCUGGCAGAAGGAGAGGCAGCCCCACGGGCAGAUCGAGGGUGCACCAGGCAACUGCUCUAGGUCCAAGGACUCCAUGUCCUCCAGGAAGCAGGCCACCAGGAUGCUGGCCGUGGUCGCGUUGCUUUUUGCAGUGCUGUGGACCCCCUACCGCACACUGGUGCUGCUCAACUCCUUCCUGGCCCAGCCUUUCCUGGACCCCUGGGUCCUUCUAUUCUGCCGUACCUGUGUCUACACCAACAGCGCUGUGAACCCUGUCAUCUACAGCCUUAUGUCGCAGAAGUUUCGGGCGGCCUUCCUGAAACUGUGCUGGUACAGGGCAGCUGGGCCACAGAGACUUGCAGCGUGUGUCCCCGCCAGUAACUACAGCGCGGCCCAGGAGACCUCGCUAGGAACUGAGAAGAUGCAGCCAGGCUCCAGUGAGGUCGCAGGUCCCAUGGCAGCUGGUUCCCUGCAUUGCCAGCAAAAGCCUCACUUCAGUGUGCUCUGAGGACUCUUGCCGGGCCCCUGACUCCACUCCCUGGGUUGGUUUACUCGCUGGCCUGGCUGGCAUCUGCUCUGAGCACAGCAGACCAUCAGGAGAGCGGCAGGCAGCUCUUUGCUUCUGGGUCUCCAGAAAUUCCUUUACCAAGAAGGACACUGGAUCGUUCU